AUGAGUAAAAAAUAGAAUAAAGAUAGUGGAGGUGGUUGCUGUGGCGGCAGUAGCAGCUCAAACAAUUCAGUAUAAAAGCCAUUAAAUACAAAAAAAAAAGAAAUUAAGGUAGUAUUAUUAGGUGACCCUAAUGUAGGAAAAAGUUCUAUUGCGUUGAGAUAUUGCAAGCAUUAAUUUAGUGAAACAUAUGAGCUCACAAUAGGAGGUGUUUAUAAUUUAAAAGAGACUACAUUAUCUAACGGAUAAAAAGUUGCAAUUCACCUUUGGGAUACUGGUGGUGAAGAAAAAUUUAGAUCAAUGACCCAGUUAUAUUAUAAUGACGCUUAAGCAGCUAUUUUAGUUUAUGAUGUCUAAAAUGCAUAAACAUUUUAAAGUUUAGAGUAUUGGUUAAAAGAAUUAGAAAAUAAAGUUUCUAAUUAAGGAAUGAUAUUGUGUAUAGCUGGAAAUAAAUGUGAUGUGGAUGAAGAUUUGAGAGCUGUAACCUACGAUUAAGGAGCUUAAUUUUGUAAAAAUAAUAAUAAUAUAAUAUUUGCUGAAACAUCAGCAAAAACAAAUUAAGGAAUUGAUGACCUCUUUAAUGAAUUGUUAGAAAAGAUAUAAAAUAAACUAUGA